CAGAGAUCGCCUUUAAAAAGACCCUCCUCCCCCUUUUCGCCCUCCUUGAAAGUUUUUCGCCUUCCUUGAAAGUUUUUAUCACCGCAUGGGUGAUUCAGACUCUACGUCAGUCAUCUUCCCUCCGCCUUCUUCCUCAUUUAAAUGAAUUUGGAGCUCCUCCCACGGGGUAAGGUCUGAAACUUUAUAAAUUGAGCUUUACGCAAAACUCUUCUGGAAGGAGAGAAGGGAGAAUUGCUGGAGCUGGAGGGGGCUAGAGGAGUACCCAGGGAAACUGGAGGCUGUGCCUUACAACACUGUGAUUCAUUUUAUUUUUCUAUUCUAAUAUACUUAUUCCACGUCUUCGCCCCUCCUUUUGGUAGCUGAAGAUGUCUACAGCCCUCGUGUCUCCAACCAUCUUCGAGCUGAGUGAAGUUUUAUGCAAAGUAAGUUGUAGCCCCUAUUAUCUCUUAAAACUUCAUAAGGGAAUGAUCUCUCACUCCGCAUCUGUCACCAGCCCCCCCCCCCCACGUCCCGGUUUUGCUCCAAUAUUCAGCUUUUUAGGAGCCUAAAGUUUUGCUGGGUGUUGCGUGUUUUUAAGCAACGCAAAGUUUUGUUUGGGAGUUGGUCUGGAGCCUUGACGAGUUAUUUAGGCUGCAAUUCUGAGCACGCUUACCUGGGGGUAAGCUUCAUUAAACUUAAUUGGGCUUACUUCUAAGUAGGCAUACUUUAGAUUGCUUUGUUAGGGAGAUUUGCCUAGGAAGAAGUUAAGGUAGGUUAUUGCGCCAAAUCUAGUAAAAGGCUGUUUAGGGUAUUGUCACAAGCGAGCCUUCUUCGCUUCCCGUGUUAUUGACUUUGUUGGACUCUCUUUGGUUUUUCUUCUGUUUUUUCAAGAGUUUUAAAUUUGGGUGCCUUCUCGAAGAAACUUGUUAGAUGUUUUCAGUGACUUGCUGGGAUUGCAUUCCGAAAUGGUUGCCAUGCAGUUUGCCCUCUUGCUUUUUGGCUCAAGUUUACAACGGCUGGUCCUUAUUCCUUAUAGAAGAUUGAAAGCCAUUCAAAUGUAUGAAAGCUUGUUUUUAACGCGUGCAGAAGUGACUGGCCCUCUUAUUUUCCUAAAUCAGAAAGUGUGUUUAAGACGGCAGCCCCUUUUCUUGUGGGAGUUGCCCUUCAUCCUAGAUUCUGUGCAGUACUUUGAACUAAGGCGUGCCGUGGUUCAGUUUAGACUUCUGCUCAUGUUGUGGAAUGUGAAAUUUUAGCAACUUGUGCAUAGGGAGCCGAAGGUCCCUAUUGCAUUUCAGAUAGCAAAACCAACCUCCGGGGUUCACUGGAACUCUUAACGCGUGUCUUGGAAAGUUUCUUGCUUGCAAUGACUUGCUCAGCCGCACGUCUAAUUGCUUACUCGGGGUGGGGAAAGAUGGCUGUGGCCACUUUUCCCCGCAAGUGGGAUCCGUUGCUGUUUUUCACGUCUACUGGCUUCUCCUUGGUUGGAAAGGAGAAAAUCGGGUGGGUGUGUGCGCGCGCGACUGGAUGGAGAUGUGGAAUUGCAAAAGAACGUUUGCAGUCAAGUCAAAACCGCCUGUAGUUCUGCAGUUUGCUGCUUCUUACAGCCAGCAGUUUACCAGGCUUAUCUCUCAUUCCACUCACGCGGUUGCGUUUUUCUCUUUCAAGCGGCCUUAUCUUUGCAUACCAGAAGUCUUUGCCUGUAUGCAUUUCUCCUACGUUUACUUGGAGGAGAAUUUGCUGGUGGGUGAGAUCCGUGUUGUGGGAAAGUUAACAACUAUAACUAGGUUGCAAAGCACUACUUCAUUGAGAACAAUGUCACAUUGGAACUAGUAGUUUAAAUUCUGAAGUUGCACAGCUGAUUGUGCUUUUUCAUGGACCCCUUAUAACUUCCAAAACGGAGCAAACCUGGGUGUUGGUUUUCCAUUUACCAUUAAGUGUGUUGAAUAUGGAUGCACAACAAUGACUUUUUUAAAAAAAAUCUCAUAGAGUAAAUAUAAACCGGACCAAGCCCCGAAUCUUGCCUUUUACCAAGCAUGUCUCCUUCCUUGAUGCUUUCAAGCAGUUUAGAACUGAAGCUGCAGACUCUUCUUUGCUGCCAAAUGGCUAAUUGCAAAGGAAUCCUCUUGCGGUUAUGGGUGAAUUUUGCCAUGGAUCACAUGAAAUGCAAUUCCUGUGCAGGAGGUGGAGCAAGAGGGAUGGGAUUAAUUUAGAUUAGUAGCUAGCAUGUUUCCCAAAGUCUCACGCUUCUUUUCAGCUUGAGUCUUACACACUUCCCCCACCACAGAUUUAUUUUUUUUUACUCCAGAGUGGGAUCUGUUGUAUAUAGCAAUAUUAUUAUUUGUUUGCCUGUAUUCACUUCUCUCCCUCCUCCAUCGUUUCUUACUGGAAGGGGCAUGGGAAUAGGGGUUGAAGAAUGUGCUCAGAAAUUUGGGAGUAACUAGGUUAGGCCUUUAAGGCAUAAAUUGCAUAGUGGAAGUAUUGAAUCCAUGCCUAGUUCGGAAAGGAACAUGCUUGGGGGAUGUGGCUGCUUAAGGAAUAGUUGGAUAGGCCUUUGCCUAGGGCAGUGAAACAACAUGUAUUUCAUUGUGGCAUUAUGCUUGGAUGGAACAAAUGAACCUGAAGCAAAAGCUGUUGUAUAGCAGCAUUGUUUACUGUGCCGCUUUGGAAGUAUUUUGACAUACUGUAUAGCUGUUCCCUGAUAGAAAGAGGCUCAUCUUUUGGAUUGUGCCUUUCAUUUUCCUUGACCCAACCUGUGGCGCAGAACAGAGUCUGGGGGCUUUGGGAGAGCCUAUUAUGCACAUAAGGAAACUGGGAGGGAGGUAUAGAUGCCAGGUUUUAGGCUGCAUCUUGCUGAAAGGUUCUUGAGGAAGUUGGGUUGUUGACUGGCCUCUCCUUUUCCCCCUGCUAUAGAGUAACAAGAUGCUGAACUACAGCCCUUCUGGUGUCGGAGGGUGUCUCUUGGACAGAAAGGCAGUGGGAACCCCAGCUGGCGGGGGUUUCCCCAGGAGGCACUCGGUCACCUUGCCCAACUCCAAGUUCCACCAGGCCCAUCUUCUCAGCAGCCUCAAGGGGGAGCCAGCCCCAACUCUCGGGCCCAGGGAGAAUCGCUUUCGGGACCGCUCCUUCUCUGAAGGUGGCGAGCGCUUACUGCAGCAGAAGCAGCCUGGUGGGCAAGUCAACUCGAGUCGCUACAAGACGGAGCUAUGCCGCCCUUUCGAGGAGAACGGGGCCUGCAAAUACGGAGACAAGUGCCAGUUCGCCCACGGCAUCCACGAGCUGCGAAGCCUGACCCGCCACCCCAAGUACAAGACGGAGCUCUGCCGCACUUUCCACACCAUUGGCUUCUGCCCUUAUGGGCCGCGCUGCCAUUUCAUCCACAACGCUGAGGAGCGCCGCGCUGUAGCCAGCGGCCGAGAUCCUGCCAUGGCCGACAGACCCCGCCUCCAGCACAGCUUCAGCUUUGCGGGCUUCCCAAGUGCCAUUGCUGCCAACGGGCUGCUGGACAGCCCUACUUCCAUAACCCCUCCGCCCAUCAUGAGUGCUGACGACCUCCUGGGCUCUCCUACGCUGCCUGACUGUGCCAGCAACCCCUUCACCUUCUCCAGCCAGGAGCUGACCAAUCUCUUUGCUCCCAGCAUGGGGGUGCAGAUGCCCGGUGGGGGUUCGCCCACUGCUUUUCUCCUCAGACCCAUGUCGGAGUCCCCCAACAUGUUUGACUCGCCUCCAAGUCCUCAGGACUCUCUCUCCGACCAGGAAGGCUACCUGAGCAGCUCAAGCAGCAGCCACAGCGGCUCUGACUCGCCCAUCCUGGACACCUCGAGACGCCUCCCCAUCUUCAGCAGACUCUCCAUCUCUGACGAGUAACCUGGUGUUGCCUCUCGGCCUCUUCUAGCCUCUCUUCUUACAAUUUUAAGCUUGUAAUCUCUCUCCUUCCCACCUCAGCCCCCACCCCCAAAUCUUCAUAACAUCUCUGGGUUAGAUGUUAAUGCAAAGAUAGUCCACUUGCCUAAAGUCCACUCACUGGCUGAAACCACAAGUGCCAAAAUUACAGCAAAAAGUGAUAAUCGUUUACAAAUGUAGUGCCUUUUUUUAACAUGUUCACUGUGACUAUAUUACCUCUCCAGCUGCAGAGGGCACCAGCAGCCUCCACAGAGCUCUGUGCAUUUCCAGAUGUGCAGGGAAUAUCCGGAACCAGCAGCUCCUAUCACUGGCCAUGAUGCAGAAUCUUCUUUCUUUCCCCGCCCCCUUUCUCUAGCCAGUGUUUUGUAGACAUAUGGCAUGUGGACGCCUGUUAACAUCCAGCCCUUACCACCUUUUAAAGACUAACCUUGCCUGAAUCUACUCAGGUCAGCCUGAAGAACAGCUGAGAAUGGACAGUAGCUGUCACAUGCAUGGGACUUGGUGACUGGAGAGGGAAGCCAGAUGGACAAUGAAAGACUUGCUUUUGGUGCUACAAGUUCCCCGUGUGUACAUGUGACACCUUCAAAAGCGAAACAAAAAAAAAUAUGGGGGGGGUGUCUAACGGUGUUCAUUCCACACAUGCAAGUUCUGUGUAAACAAAGUUCCAGUAGUCAUAGCUUUAAUGGUUUUGCUCUAGAUUACAAUAGACCUAUCCAUAGAGCACUCACGCCAAGCUUUUUAUUUUUAUUUUCCUGGGUUUUUAAUUUUGUAUAACUUUUCAGAAAUUGGAGAGCAAAUUUUGCUUGUCACUGCACAACAAUAUAAAGCUUAUUUAACUUAUCAAAACGUAUUUAUUGCUGAAACCUAUGCUUUUUUGUUAAUUUUGUUCAUAUUUAUCUGGAUGAAUUCAUAGAAUAUAUUCUUUUAUGUUUAAAUUAUGAUCUUCCAUAUUAAUCUUAAGAUUGUGAAGUCUUUUUCUUUCCCCCUUCCCCACAGUUUAAUAUAUUAUACUACAAUGACAUUUUUUGUAACUUUACACUUUUUUGGUUAUUUUAUUUUUAAAAAAUGAAAAAUUAAUUUAAAAAAAAUGCAACAGCUGUGUUUGGAUUAUUUAUUUUAGAUCGUUCCCCUUUUUGUGUCAGACUGCAAAUUGAGUUUAAUGUGCUUCUUUGCCUCUAUGCCCCAACAAGGCCUUUCCUGGAUGGGAUGAAAUUCUGACCACAUUGCUGUCAUUGAAGGCUUCGUCAGUGACUUCAGUAGGGUCACGAUUUCACUUCUGGCCUCAAGAAUGUAUACGCACAAGCUGUGCUGUGAGAUGAUAAAAUGGAAGACUGCUUGCUUCCUUUUUUGUAAGUACUUAAAGGAAAAAAAAGUCUACCCUCUGGUUUCAAGUGCCUAUCAAAAGACAUUCCAAAUGCAGUUUGUCUUUGCAUUUCUGUAUUCCAAGAAUGGAGUGUUUCCUCAUUUAAGGUAAACUUUACUGGCACAAAGAACACAUUGAAUGUAAUUUUUCCCAUUACUGUUCACUACAUUGCCUUUUUUCUUUCUUCCUUUGUGUGAGUUUAUUUAAAGAAUCUUUUGUAACGACUGUUUGCAGUUUAAAUCAAUAAACCCCAAGUGUUUUUUCAAGAA